UUAGAGCGGAUUCAACCGCCAAGUAAGUUACGUUUUGCUAUGUCACGCUGAGGAAGUUUGAGACCAGUUUAUUUAUAGAAAACUGGAGUCGUGUGGGCACAGACACGCACAAGCUGCUGCGUAUGUGAUCUGAAAUGAGCGCAGGUCGUUGUUUUUGACGGGAACUCUCGUUAUUUUUCGUGCGCCGUUGGUAUUACUGUACAGCUAAGUGAAGCCAGAAGCCUCAUGUUUUCGUCAAGCCAAGAGGAGCACUGCGCCCCGUCCAAAGACCCUGUCAAGUACGGAGAGCUGGUGGUACUGGGGUACAAUGGCUCUCUGCCCAAUGGAGAUCGGGGUAGACGGAAAAGCAGAUUUGCGCUAUACAGGAGGACCAAAGCCAAUGGUGUGAAGCCAAGCACUGUGCACAUCCUCAACACACCCCAGGCCAGCAAGGCCGUGAACUGUAAAGGCCAACACAGCAUCUCCUACACACUAUCCAGAAACCAGACGGUAGUGGUGGAGUACAGCCAUGAUAAAGACACAGACAUGUUUCAGAUUGGGCGUUCCACUGAGAGUCCCAUCGACUUUGUGGUCACUGACACAAUAGCGGGAGGCCAAGAAGGAGAGGAGACUCCAAUCACACAGAGCACCAUUUCUCGCUUUGCCUGCCGAGUUGUCUGUGAGCGUAACCCGCCCUUCACCGCUCGCAUCUAUGCAGCUGGGUUUGACUCUUCCAAAAACAUCUUCCUUGGGGAAAAAGCUGCUAAAUGGAAAAACCCUGAUGGUCACAUGGACGGCCUGACAACCAAUGGUGUGCUGGUGAUGCACCCUAAGGGUGGGUUCAUGGAAGAGUCGAAGCCCGGCGUGUGGAGAGAGAUCUCAGUUUGUGGGGAUGUUUACACACUGAGAGAGACUCGCUCUGCACAGACCCCCGGCAAACUGGUGGAGAAUGAGAGUAAUAUCCUGCAGGACGGCUCCCUGGUGGAUCUGUGUGGAGCCACUCUGCUGUGGCGCACUGCAGAAGGCCUCUUCCACACUCCCACCCAAAAGCACCUAGAGGCUCUCAGGCAGGAGAUCAACGCAGCCCGGCCCCAGUGCCCCGUCGGUCUCAACACCCUCGCCUUCCCCAGCAUGCAACGCAGCCGCGCCCUCUCAUCCCUGGAGGACAAGCAGCCGUGGGUCUACUUGGCGUGUGGCCAUGUACACGGAUACCACAACUGGGGCCACCGGUCGGAACAUGAGCCCAACACUCAGCGAGAGUGUCCCAUGUGCCGGGUGGUGGGGCCCUACGUUCCACUGUGGCUAGGCUGUGAGCCGGCCUUCUACGUGGACACAGGUGCGCCCACACAUGCCUUUGUGCCAUGUGGACACGUGUGCUCAGAGAAGUCGGUCAAGUACUGGGCAGAGAUCCCUUUGCCCCACGGCACCCACGCCUUCCACGCCGCCUGCCCCUUCUGUGCCACCCAGCUCAGCCUCACUCAGGGCUGUUCCAAGCUAAUCUUCCAGGGCCCGGUGGACUGAGCUGGAGGGUCCUGCUCCUUCAGAGGAGAUUAAACAGGAAGGCCAACAUGCUGUGAAACUGUUCAGAUUAUUUUGUGCUUUCUUUUGUUCAUGUAAGCCAGCUGUGGAAAGGAGCAAGUCUUUUCUCUUUUCUUCUGGUCAUAUACUGUGGAUUCUGCACAACAGAGAGCCAUUACAGAUUGUUUGUGGCUGUUUGAAUGGCCGCUGUGGGAUACAGAGAUGUGGAACACAUUGGACCACAAAUGCAUGGCUCCUCCAGAAUGAAAUACUGUUUUAGCUGUCCUGCCAACUGACCACUUUAGACAAGGCUCCAGCGCUGGGCUGUUUAAACUACAAUGCCUGCUGUUUUUCCAUCAGAUGGCUGUAAAAAUAAGGUCGCAGAAGGAAUGGACUGAUUUUACUCAUGAAUCAGACUGAACCAAACAACUGUGAGCAGGUGUAGCCGGGUCUGUUGGGAAACAAAGAAGGGGGCAGGGUUUAUAGUUGAAUGCCUGGUGGGGCUGAGACAAAGUUUUUACGGAGCCAGACAGCUGGACUGUUGGCCGGGAGAAAAGCCAGGAGAAACUUGGGGUUUAAUGACUAACUAGUUAAAUGGUCCCCAGUGGCCUCUUGGCCCUUAACCUACAAUGGCAUCCAAAUCAUGUAGCUCUCUGGAGGUGGCUUCCAUUUACAGAACAAACUUUGAGGGAGGGGAAAAAGACUUUUUAUGUACAGAAAUCUAAUCCAGUGCCUCAAAUCCCGUAGAAUUGUGGGAAUAUUUUUCAUAGAUGACAGAAGAUAUUUUGCUGAAGGUAAAGAAAGAGAUAGUUUUGCAUACAGAAGACACAAGGAGAUGACAACCCCCGUGGAUUUAGACUCAAGAGGUAUUUUACUACACUGAGGCCCUUGUACUGUUUUGUAAUGCAAAUGUUAAUAUAUUUUUCUCCUGCAUAUAUAAUGUGUGUGUGCGAAUGCUUGAGUGUAUGCGUGCAUGAGUGAUCGCGUGUGUGUGGGUUGGACUGUGUGGGUGCCCUUGGGCUGUUUAAAUCGCCCUGCAUCAUUUCACCCCCAAUCCCCUUUCUAUGAUCUCGCCCACCACCCAAAACGCUACCAGAGAGAACACAGGAAUUCAAACAAGGUCGCAGGGUUUUACAAUGAAUGUACUGAAACACAUUGACUCUCCUCGCUUGGUGGUGCUCCACUUUGACAGCUCGCUUUCUCAAUGGCUGCGCUGCUGCGGGUGAGGCCUGUUUGCAGUUAAAAAGCAGCAUUGAAGCUGUAAAAACCACAUGCAUCAGCCACACCUGCUCGCUAGCUAGCUGCGUCCCUGCCCCACACACACGUACUGUAUUCAAUCUACACUGUUGUUAGCUUUAUCCCGUGCUGGGUCUGAUCCAAUGAUUUGUACGCUGUCAAACCUGGGCACAGUCUCAGCAGCAUCCAGAGAUUAUACCAAAUAUACGGAGGAGCCGUUUUCUCGCCACAUGCAAGAUGUAACGGCCACUCUUUCUCCAAUCCAAAGUGUUUCUGUAAACAGUCCUAAACCCAAACUGCUGCUAUGGUGGAAUGUUGACAGCUCUGGAUUACAGUCGGGGCUGUUCAGUAGCUCCACGAGAACAAUGAUAUUAUCGCACUCCAUGCCAAAUUUGGUAAGUUCUAUUGUGUGUGGAUGAGUCAAGUUGUCCAAAACAAAGUAGCAGAUGAAUUGAAACUGAAGAAUCUGGGACGAAUCUGUGCAUUCUUCUGUGAUGUUCGCUCACCAGACUGUGCCCAUAUGUAGAGUAUAGUCAGAGGCUUCAGUUCUGCCUCGAACUUGUCGAAUAUAAUAGUGAGGAUUAAAAUUAUGAGAUGUUGAGGGUGACGUUCCUUUUAUAGCGUUUAAAUGUUCUCCCAGGCUGUAUUGUGAUUUAUAAAACUCAAAACGCAAAAUCCACCUUGAUUAAGGGCUCCCAGACUCCACUGAAAUACGAUGUGGUUUUAACAGCAGCGGUGGACUCCUGGGAUAUUUUUCUUUUUCGGUUCCUUCCUAAGAGAAACAUACUUAGCAUUCUUAAAAAUGUCAGCAGCAUUACACUCCUCUCCUACCACAGAGCGUUUCUAAAUCGCUGGACUUGUGCACAUUUUAUGUAACUGCCAUGCAGGGUUGAGCCACAUACUGUAGAGUAGCAUUCCCUCCUAACACUUUCUGCUCAAACACUGUGCCCGUUGCUUAAGACCGUGUUCUGUAACAGCUGCAGAGUAGCUGCCUCAAACAUUCCUCCUCGGUAAACAUGGGUGGGGCCCGCAGUUCACCCAAGGGCUUGUUCUAUGAUUUUGUCUCCUACAGGAACUCUGUGCACAAGCCAUAGAACGCACUGAUGCUCCCAAUGCCUCCUUUGCAAAGAAUAAAAUGUUUUUUAAAAAUA